AUUCUUGCAACAACUUUUUAUUAUUUUAUUUUGUGAGGAACGUCUAGAGUUUUCAGUCUUUGACCAAACUUCCAUAAUCCCAACAAAACUUUGCGUAAAGAAUUGUUAUUCCUGUGAAAACAAUUUGGAAUACGAUGUGAAAUGAUUUGGCCAAUAAUCCUGAAAUCAAGGCAAAACAAAUCUGAAUCGAGGAAGAUAGAGGAUGGCCAGUCUGUUGAAGCCAACGCAUACUCAUCGGCAUCCCCAUUCCCAUCCCGUCCUCCAUCAUCAAUCACAAAGAUAUCACAAAUUCAAGCUCCCCAUAGCUCUAGUUGGUCGUCAAUCUCGCCAUCAGUUCAUUCAACGCAGCCGAAUCAACUGCAAUUAUCAAGACUCCGGCAACGAACAACCACCUCCUUCUACUUCCACUGCUUUGCAACUCUACUCCGAUAUUGAGAGAUUACUAACUGAGACAGUUAGGCAAUCACAAGAGGCCUGGGGUGGUUUAAAAGAUUGGACAGAAGUUGAGGGAGCAUGGGUUCUCAAACCACGAAACACAACCCCAAAAUAUGUUGUACAUUUUGUUGGGGGUAUAUUUGUUGGAGCUGCACCUCAGCUUACAUAUCGCUUGUUUUUGGAGCGCCUUUCCGAGAAGGGAGUUUUCAUUAUUGCAACACCCUAUGCCAGUGGAUUUGACUAUUUCUUAAUUGCGGAUGAAGUGCAGUUUAAAUUUGAUAGGUGUCAUCGGGCAUUUCUUGACUCAGUACAAGAUCUUCCCACUUUUGGUAUUGGCCAUUCUCUGGGAUCUGUCAUCCACCUUUUGAUUGGAUCAAGAUAUGCUGUGGAAAGAAGUGGAAAUGUACUGAUGGCAUUCAAUAACAAGGAGGCAAGCUCAGCCGUUCCUUUGUUCUCCCCGGUACUUGUUCCAAUGGCUCAAAGCAUGGGGCCUCUCUUAUCACAAAUUGCAUCAUCACCGACUUUUCGUCUAGGGGCAGAGAUGACAAUGAAACAAUUAGAAAAUCUUAGCCCUCCAAUAGUGAAGCAAGUUCUUCCUUUAGUUGAGCAGUUGCCUCCCUUGUACAUGGAUUUGGUGAGAGGAAGACAAGAUUUUACUCCAAAGCCGGAGGAAACUCGACGAAUUGUGAAGUCAUACUAUGGCAUCUCCCGCAAUCUUCUCAUAAAGUUCAAAGAUGAUACAAUCGAUGAAACUCUGAUACUAGCUCAGUUGCUUAGCUCGGAGUCUGCAAUUAGUUCAAUGCUGGACAUGUCAACUCGGGCGUUGCCUGGCAAUCAUGGGUUACCGUUGCAGCAGGGCCUUCCCGACAUACCACCAGCAAUGGCGGAUGCUGUGAAUAGAGGUAGUGAGCUCUUUUCCAAUCUAACCGCUGGAACACCUUGGGAAACCGUUGCGAAGGAAGUGGGAAACACAUUAGGGGUAGACUCGAAAAUUCUCCAAGCUGAAGCAUCCAAGGAUUUAAACCUGCUUGUGGAAGUGGUAACAUCUUGGAUGUCUUCAAACAUAGGUCCGAAACUUUUGAGGCCAUAGAUGUUGUCAUGGGCUUACAAUUUGCCACCAUCCCAUAUAUAUGUUCUGUGGAUGUGUACUAUAUCCGGAUGCUCCGAUGAUUCUGAAUUGCUCAACCCUUUUGGUUAUGGUUCUUAUCUGAACGCAAUAUUGUCCUCGACGAGCCAUACACGCACAACAGCAUAGCGAGUCGUAAGUUGUGGCAUCUUUGGAGUUUGGACUGAUUUUUGCUUCUUUCCUUAAUGUUCUGUUUCAAUUAGACUUGCUAUUGCUGUAACUAUUAAACAGUUCCAUCGCUUUCUUGGGAUCACUAUUUAUACAACUUCACAGAAUAUUUGUAAAUCCACCCAUUUACUCUUGUGUAAUUACUUCAUUUUUUCUGUUUGUAGCAAAAAUAUAAUGUAUAUUUCUCAA